AAAGAGGGAGUAAACACUAGUGUUGUUGCAGCACCAAGUACUAAUACACCUGUGCAGACGUCAUAAAUUGUUAAUUAAUUUAUCGUUACCAGUUUUAUAUAAGAGACUUUACAGUGAGCUACACAGCAAGCUGAGAUGAAGACUCUAGUUGUAGGAGUAGGCGGAAUGACCAAUGGAGGGAAAUCUACUCUUUCUACAAGUCUACACCAGCAGAUACCCAACAGCUGCAUCAUUGCUCAGGAUUUGUAUUUUAAGGAUGAUUCUGUCAUACCAGUGGACAGCAAUGGGUUUAAGCAAUAUGACAUGCUCGACGCUCUCCAUAUGGACACGAUGAUGAGAGAGGUGGACUCAUGGCGAAGAGAUCCUGAGUCAUUCCUGAGGAAGAAAGGUGUGACCCCCGAGCACACGGCACUGACAGUCGAUAUGGAGGUGUUUGUGCUGGUAGUGGAAGGCUUCCUCAUUUUCAACUACAGGCCUUUGAAUGAGGUGUUUGACAAAAGAUACUACAUAGAAAUACCUUAUGAUGUCUGCAAAAGGAGACGAAGCUUCAGGGUGUACACGCCUCCUGAUCCUCCUGGGUACUUCGAUGGACAUGUCUGGCCAAUGUACCUAAAGAACCGCCAGGAGAUGGAGAGCAUGGUGUCUGGAAUUGUAUUUCUGGAUGGACUAAAGCUAAAAGAAGAGCUGCUAGCCAUUGUGUACAACGAUGUUUGUGAAGAAAUAGAAAGGCUCAGGGAACAAGAUUGAAAUGGUUGAAUUCUGAUUUGUUUACCCACUGAAGAUGGAGACAACUGCUGUCAAGAAAGUUCCUCUUUUGGAGUAAUGUCUGACUGAAUGGACUAAACCAGGUGUUUCUUUGGACAUGAAUGUCUAAUGUCUAUGUAAUAUCUAAACAGUAUUUCUAAAAAGAGAAAAAACUACUGUGAAUGAGAUGCUGUAGCAUCUGGAAGCUGCCAGUAUCUCAGUGAACCUGAUGUCUCUGACAUUAACAACCAGUAAUAUAAAGUAAAGAUGCCCUCUGGGAAACCUAAAUUUGAGAGUUUUUUGAGAUUUUAUGUAGUGGCUGAUGAAUACGGUUGAUUGAUGUGAUCUUGUACAAUGUUUAUCUCUCACUAAAAUGUUUUUUUAAACAAUGCAACACUGACUUUUUCAGUCUGACUAUACAUAUAACUUUAUCUUGUGAUAUAACUCCACAUAACCAAAUAC